GGGUCCGCGACGAGCGAGGGGCGUCUCAGGCUAGACUUUCAACAACGACCACGGUCUGUGCUGGGUCUGAGGUGGCCGUGCGUGCGUAGUAUGGUGUACGGAUCUGCACCCGCGGUUCCAUGGUGCAGGCGACAGAAAAAGGGACCAUAUUAUACAUAAAAUAAUUAUCGCGAAAGCUAUCGGACGUUGCCGCCAUCAUUUCGUAUGUAAGUGCGUGAAGGAAAAUCCCGAUGGUGCGAAAUGUUGUGCGUUUUGUUCGACAACAACAGCAGCAGCGUGUAGUUGCGGCGACUGCGCACAAUUGGUGCGCGGAUGUCACACCAUUAUUUCCAGACGACCACGAUCCCUCUCUCUCGCGCUAGACACGGUUCGGUCGGGAAAGGUUGGAGACGGUCGUUGUUUAGUGUGUCUCGUUCUCGGCUGUUACGUAAAGUGAACGUAGCGAAAAAAAAUAUUAAACAUACCUCUACCUACGCUCUGCGAAAAUCAUAAUUCGUUUAUUACUAUCAACCAAUAAAUUACACUGUUCGUUGUUAGUCCAAGUAGCAGGUCGGCCGGGUAUUCAUACAAGCAUGCAUGUUAUACUUUUGUUAUAUUCAUUGUCGCUUUAAACGACAGAGGAUAACAAUAAUACACACUUAGCGACAGUGUCUCGUUUUCAGCCGCAAAAACGUGAGACUUCAUGCGGUAGCAGACGCAGUCGAAAUCUGGUACUGUCUCUUCUGCUGCAAAUAAUAAUACACGUUCGUCCGUGGUUUUUUUAACGUUAUCCGGGCACACACAGACUGGAUGGUGUGGUGGACGCUGUUAUUUUUACAAUAUAUUUAAUUGCGUUUGUUGUUUCACAUUCUUACAAUUAGUGAAACGCUUGUAAGCUCAAAGAAAAUUAAAAUCUAUGUUCGAACAAAGACGAGGGGUUGUUAUUUUACAACACGUGAUAUUUAUAUGAUCCCUCAGGGAUAAGAGUGCGUGCGCGUGGUCGUCAUUGACGAAAAUGAAGGAGGUGACACCCCAUUUAAAAUGCGUACUAAAAAACUACCAACAUAGUGCCACGAAAAGUCUUCAGGGUCCCGGGGGGCUCGCUCUGAUUGUACCAAAAUCGGAGCUUCCGUCUCCGGAUCUAAAGGAAGAAGAAUUCGUCGCGGCCCCCUUGCAAAUCCAACAGUUUCCAAUAUUGUCUUCCGCCGACACAAGUAGCGAGCGUAGCGAGACAAUAUUAGAAGGCGAGACGAUUUCCUGUUUCGUAGUAGGCGGUGAAAAACGCUUGUGUCUUCCUCAGGUCUUAAACUCGGUCCUGCGGGACUUUACGUUGAUGCAGAUUAAUCAGGAGUGCGACCGAUUGCAAAUCUAUUGUUCCCGCUGUACACCUGAACAGUUGAACGUGCUCAAGAAUCAGGGAAUACUGCCGAGUACCGCUCCAAGUUGCGGCCUGAUCACUAAAACGGACGCGGAAAGACUUUGCAGCGGACUAUUGCACGGUCAAGUGUACGCGACCAGUGUCGUACGUCCCCCGAAGGGCACCCUCACGUUCCGGGUGUAUCACGAGUGUUUUGGCAAAUGCCGAGGCACCUGCGUUCCCGACUUGUACACGAGUAAGGCGGCGAGGUGCAUCGAGUGUCUUGAAUGCACGGGAUACUUUUCACCGCAGCAGUUCGUGUGUCAUGUGCACAGGAACCUGGAGAACAGGACUGUCCAUUGGGGAUUCGAUUCGGCCAACUGGAGGCAUUACCUCAAUAUAUGCAAGGAUCAGCUGGAUCACGAACGAUUCGCAAGCUAUCUGGAUAUCAUGCAGGAGCAAUAUGAGGGCAAGGUGGCCUUUCCAACUCCCGUUGUAGAGACCAUGCCUUCCAACAAGAGGAAACAGGUUUUUCAUGACACGGAGCUUCUGAAGUCGGAAAUUGAUUAUCCACUCAAAAAGAACAAACUGGACGAUUUCGCCCAGUUACCGUACAACAUCCAGCAGUUGUACACGACUGCAGCUCUGGAUCCGUUGUAUCUCCAGUACCUUCAGGACCUGCAAACCGGUCGGAAUCACUUGUCCGCGUUUAAACCCUUCCCGUCGCUCAAAGAGACUAAAAUCCGACACGGUUUGGCCGGUCUGAACAGAUACAUGGAUCCGCCGAUCCUCCAGCAUCCAGAAAGGGUCGUUCCACUUUCGGAAUCCGAAAGAUUCGAACGUAGCUUUCAGCCCAAUGUUGCUCUAGCGCCUCCGCCUCUACACAAAAUAAAAAAAUAUAGAUACGAGAAAAACGCAGAACACCAGAACAUCAAAGAGAUCUACAUAAAACAGGAAAAGGUCGAUCCUUCCGAAAACACUCCUCCUAAUUCUGAUAUAAUAGUUCAAAAUAGUAGCGUAAUAAAACGCGAAGGACAAUCCACUGAGUGUAACGAAAGACGCUCGAGUGUUAUAGGAGAAAUAACAAAGCCCCCUCGAACACCUCCGGCAGAUGUCAUAAUUGAACAUCGGAGAAACAAGGAAGACCUUCAACUGUUUCCCGUUGCGUCUUCUCCAAAUAUGCUGCCCGAAUCUGCCGUAUCAGUCGUUCAAAGUAUCGGACUUCACAAUCAUCAGACCAAUAAAUACAAUUCGGAGAUCGAGUUGUCGACUGAUACUGACGAUAGUGCGUCCGAAACGUCCGAAAAGCACUCGGACUUGGUAAAAAUCGAAGAAGUGCUCAAAGACGUAGACGUGGCCAUUCGAGGAAAAAUUUUGGACUUUAUACGCCGUCUUACGAAAACACACGAGAAUGUGAUAGUCGAGUGUCGGAAUAAGGACGCGAAAAUUAGUCAGCUAGAGUCUAAAAUUGAGCGACUAGAGACGGAAAUUAGGGACCUCAAGAGCAACAACGAAAGAUUGCCGGAAGUAGAACAAUCGAAGGAGGAAAAGUGCGAAGAAGAGCUAACACAAGAAGAAGAAAAACGUUCUGUUAUAGAGAGCAAUACAAUAAACGAAUCCCACUGCCAUCAGAGUCCUUCACCGCUCAUCUCUUCUUCUGCCACACCACCGUCUGAUGUUCCUGAUGAAAAAGUGAUGCCGAUGGUAAAAACGGAACCAGAUGCCCCUCUUCCGGAAGGGGAAAAAAAGGAACCUUUUGUGAUAAAAGAAGAACAAAAAGAAGACGGGGCAAAAACGGAACAGCAACCACCUCCCGGCAUUGGUGCCGCUGCUGCUGCUGAUGAUGAUGAUCAUAAAGAAUCCAUUGUGAAGGAAGAGAAACAAUUUUCGGAAAAAACUAAUGCCAAAAGUGUAAUCACCAACGCCGAGGAUUUAGAAAAGAAAGCAAUAAUGAAAAAUGCUCCCGAGUGAAACUUUUGUACCAGGCAAUCGGUUAUCAAUCGGUUGCCUUUUUACAUUUGACCGCCAUAGACGUCAAGUCCGCCAUUUUGAGAAACGCGAUCUUACCCCAUAAUAAUAGUGCAAGUGUUUAAAAGAAAAAAAAACGAAACUCCAAAAAUUUAUUACAUGUUUUUUUUAUUCGAACGUCAAAAUGUCACACACGCUAGUAUGUCAAGAUAAAAAUGUGUUUUUAAGCAAAUUCAAAAUUUUUGGCUCCGGAUUUUCGAGUACCCUAACCUGGAGUCAUGCCAAACUUAAUCAUCGAAGGUCAAAAAAUUCUACCUCUACCUAAGAACUUAACGGUCGAAGGUCAAAAAAUUCUGCCUUUACCUAGAACAAGACUCCGGAAGAAAAGCCUUAAGAAAUGUGAGUACUUUUAUCCGUUUAUUUUUAUUCCAAUUACCAGUUGUGAUUACUACAACAGAUUUUAUUCGAUAUUCAUUUUAUUAAGUACGCAUCUUUUGAUUAUCAACGUAAUUUUUUUGUGAGAAGGAAGAGUCACGUUCAAAAUUGGGACUAAAAGACUAACUACCAAAUAAAAUGUCGUUUAAAAAAAAA